AUGGGUUGGAGAAGUAAUACCUCGAGUGCCCGCGAGCCCUAUACGUGGCCGUCCUCGCCGGAAAACUGGUUCAGCGGUGUGUGUGACCACUCCAAAGUACUGCUUCAAGGACACCAAAGGACAGUAUCCGUCGACCUGCGUCUCCACGACGCCUGGCAGUACGGCGAGAGCCGCAGCCCUGUCAUCCCGAGGCUGCACUGCGAGCUGCAGACAAUCCACCAUCUAGACCAGGAGCGCAUAGCCCUGAUGAAGAACGCCAUCGGUAUCAGCAAGGAUAUCUGUGUUGCCCGCGAGCUGUACCUGGAGCAGCUCCGAGCUCGCCUCGGCAGGUCUGCUGACAUCCGACGUUCACAGGAAGGCCGCACACAAUUGGGUGGGGUGGUGCCCGUUGCACUCCCUGACUCGAGGACGCUGACUCGCGAGGUCGUAGAGAUCUCGGUCAAGCAUGUGUUCCACGUUACGAAGAGGGAGGUGCAGAAGUGGGCGGCUGAUGUAUUCACGAACUUACUUCCUGGGCAUAUUUAA